AUGGGCUGUACAUUGUCGGUAUGUGCGCCCUUGGGUAUACAGUCAAAUGUUAUACAUCCACAACCAUUAAAAAUUUCCAACGAUAAACUGAAUCAAUUACAGACGACACGUUUCGUCGAAAAUAGUUUAAUUGUCUGGCUUACUGAUCAAUCAUCUAUCGAAGACAAAAAUCUUCUCGAUCAAUUUCGUCAUGUGAUAUCUACGUUAAGAAUAUUUACCGAUUCGAAUGCAUGUUUUACUUUUAUCAAUAAUAUUUAUGAUGAAAAAAUCUUUCUAGUUGUCUCGCCUGAAUACGAACGAUUUAUCGAUCGUAUUCAACACUUAUCACAGAUUUUCAAAGUCUAUAUCUUCGAUUCAAUAUCUCGAAUGAAAAACAAUGUACAUGAUCGAAUUUUGCAAUCGAAUAUCUUUCAAAAUACGACUGAUCUAUGCAAUCAAUUACAUGAAGAUAGAGAACUCUGUGAACUCGAUUUUAUCUUUAUUGCUACAGUUGUUCCAUCAUCAUCCGAUGAAGUUUCAGUGAAACGUAAAGCAGCAUUUCUACUCGUACAAUUUGUAAAAGAGAUUACAAUUCGUUACAAAUUUGAAAACGAUGCAAAAAAUAGAUUCGCCGAUUUUUGUCGAGUACACUAUGCAGAUAAUGAUGAACAAUUACGUGCUAUCGAUGAUUUCGAGAGAACAUAUCGUCCACAAAAAGCUCUCUAUUGGUUAACUCGAACCGAUUUCAUAUCAAGAAUACUUAACCGUAUACAACGUACAAUGGACGUUGAUAUUUUAUACAAAAUAAGUUUUCUAAUGAAACAUAGUCGUGUACAACUCGUCAAUUUUUAUGAUAAUAUCGAUUAUCCAUCAAAAAAAACAUCUUGGACUGUCUAUCGAGGAAAGACAAUGUUAAAUGAUGAAUUUGAUAUGUUACUGAGGAAUAGUUCCGAUGGUUUUCUAUCCUGUUCAUGUUUUCUUGUAGCAAAUAUGAACAAAAAUGUAGCUAUUAAUUUUCUACAUCGAUUAAUUGCUAUUAAUCCUCAACGAAUAGCCGUUCUUUUCGAAAUUCAUAUCGAUGCAGCGAAACAUACAAUGAGUCCAUUUGCUCUACUAGAAAAAAAUGAUCAUGAAAUUCAAUCAAACAAAAAAGAUGAAAUUUGCUUCACAUUUAGUACUGUCUUUCGAAUUGAAUCUAUAGAACAAAUCAACGAUUUUUCUAUGGUCAUAUGGAUAGUCAAAUUGAUCCUUGUGGAUGACAGUGAUUCACAACUAUUUCAUCUUAUUGCAUCAUUACGCAGCAAUGAAGUUCAAUCAAAUCCAGUUGCAUAUGCUGGUAAACUAGCAAUUGACAUGGGUAAUUUUGAUCGUGCUGAACAAUUUUUUCUUCAAAUGCUACUCGAUCAAUCCGUUCUCAAUCAACCACGUCGAUAUGCACGCAUACAAAGUGCUCUGGGCUAUAUUUUUACACUGAAAAAUGAAUUUAGUAAAGCAGUUGAACACUAUCAACAAGCAUUCGAAGCUAGUUUACGUUGUCUCCCACCGGAUCAUCCCGAUCUAAUACCAAUUUUUAGUGCGAUUGGUGAUUGUUAUUCUAAAACUAGUAAUCAUAUGUUAGCUCUAGAAAACUAUGAACGUGCUGCUCAACUUAUGCAACACAGUUCUCAAUCGACUGAUCAACAAACUAUCGACAAUUUGACUAAUCAUAUUGUUAAUACACGAAAACUACUCAAAAACAAUGGUGAACAUUAA